AUGAGCCAACCAACUUCUGACGAAUGCAAGAUUCCGAUUUAUGACGAAAUUUCCAAUGAUCAAGAAACUUUACACGUCGAAUCCAAUAAUAAUCCACACAAUGGAAAGAAAAUAGACAAAGUUGUUUUCUCACCGAAGAUGGGCUAUGUUGCAACUGCGAGUUUUGAACAUCGUUCGGUUUGCAUGUGGAAAUUUAACCAAGAAAAAAAUGGAGAACUCAAAUUAGAAUUAUAUCAUUCCUUUGACCUUGGUGAUACGGUUUUAGGUGCUCCAAUUUGCGUCUCAGAUUUCGGCAAAAUUCUUACAGGAAACUUUUAUAAGGGUUCUUACAUAUAUGAAAUUAGAGAUCGUAUGAGUGAUAAAAUUGUAGAAAAAUUAUUAGAUGGUAAAGAUCACGAAAAUGCCUUAGUAACUUGUGGGUUUCUUACAAAUGGAAGAUUUGCAGUUGUUGAAAGGGAUCCUUAUCAGGUUCACAUCUUUUCUAAAGUUGGAGGGCAGUGGCACGGCACGAGAAACGUUAAACUUGUUAAAUUUAAAAAUGCCGCUAUUUCUCAGGAUAGAGUGUUGAUUCUCAUAGAAUUGCCUUUUGUAAUCAUGCAAUGGAAUCUGAUAACACGAAAGUUUGAGAAACAAUACGAAUUGGAUUGGAGUUUGGCCGAGUAUCGAAAAGGUAUUCUAAUGGAACUAAGCAAUGACCAACAAAUACUUGCAGUAGCUGGACGUUUAAAUACAAAGCAGGAAGGAGACUCGGAUACAAAGCAGGAAGGAGAUUCGGAUGCAAAGCAGGAAGGAGAUUCAGAUGCAAAGCAGGAAGGAGAUUCGAAUAAAAAGCAGGAAGGAGAUUCGAAUACAAAGCAGGAAGAAAAUUCAAGAGUCUAUUUUUAUUCAACUCAAUCUGGUACAAUAAUAGGAAAUCAAUCGUUUGAAGAAAAGUUCUACGAAAAAAAAAAGAUUAUAAAAAAGAUUCAAAAAUCUGGUAAAAAGUUUGAUAAAAAAUCAAUUAGCAGGAUACGUUUUAUUAAAUUCGAAAAAGAGGAAUUUCUCUUUAUCUAUUUUGGACAGGAGAAAAAAUCUUAUGCAAUUACUCCACCUACAUCAUCAUCUUCGCUCAACCUGCAUUCCUUGCCGAAUUCUCCGUCAACAUUGAAAAACUCUGGGGAAUUACCCUUAUUGGCUGAAAUUAAUUUUAUUCUACGAUAUCAUAAUGAUCAGUCCUUUAACAACAAGAUUAGAAAAUAUCAAGACGACUUAAAUUCUUUUGGAGAAGAGAAGUGGAAAGAGGACUCUCGUGAUGAAAAUGGGGUCGGUUCACAACGAGAAUAUAUAAAAAAACGUAUAGAUGAUAUUUUAGAAAAUUAUAGAUCAAAACAGAUGUUAGCCAAACAAUCGUCAUUCCAUCGAUCGUUAGGCCAGGAUUCGGUAUUACCGGAGCCGUUAGACGGUAAGCGAUAUACCUGGACUGUUCAAAACGCGUCUCAUGACAAUAUAUUAGUAGCUGGAAUAACAGCUAGAUGGACUGCGACAAAUGUGGAAAUAGGAAAAAUAUCCGUCGAAGAACUUGCAAAAUAUGUUAAGAUGCUAGAAGAUGAUGAAAAUGAAGAAAUAUCACAGCCACGCGUGUCUAAUGCUGUUAGAAAAGUUAUUGAACGGAAAAAAAAGUUAGAAGGGGUUAUAUGA